AUGGUGUCGGACCACUCGAUGUUUGCGACUCCGUUGCAGAUCGAGCUUCAGGACGAGUGCAUCAGUGAAGUCUGUCCCAAGAGCAGAUGUGGCGUGCUGGCCAAAGAGCCCGCCUCGGGAAUGUUAUCUCUGAGGCUGCAGCGCAGCAGAGUAGCGAAGGCUCCAGGACGCCUGAGGUGCCCCUUUCACGGGGCUCAUCAGCAGGUUGGGGUCGGCGGAUUUAUCCUCACCCGAUUUCAUCCUCGUCCUGGCUUUUCGCCGUGGCCCUGGAGGUUCUGCCGGGGCACGGUGUUGGAUAUACUACCUGCUGGCGUUUUUUCACCUCUGGUCUUCUGCGCACCUCUCUUCUUCUAUUCAGCGCCACGGGUUUUAAACCGGUUACACCUGGACUGA